AUGACAUAAAAAUUACUUUUUGGUCUCAUAUAAAUACCACAAGAUAAGUGCAUUUCAAUUACAGUCUUUCAACGACAACAUUCGAUUUGCAUUCGAAAAAUUCGGAUUUUAAAUUAGUGCUUGAGAAAUUGAUUCCGGCUUGAAACCAUGAAAGUUUUUAUCAUUUUGUUUGCUUUAAUUGCUGUUGCCUCGGCAGGAUUUAUUAAAUCAGGAUGGUCUAGCGGUGGUUAUGGUGGAGGCUAUGGUGGUGGCUAUAGUAGUGGUUAUGGCGGCGGCUAUCACGGUGGCUAUGGAGGAGGUUAUGGCGGAGGAUAUGGUGGUGGUUAUGGUGGUGGAGUCAAAGUUGUUAAAGUCAUUCGCUUAGGCGGUGGUCAUGGUGGUGGCUGGAACUAUGGUGGUUAUGGUGGCUAUGGAGGUGGCAGUGGUUGGUGGUAAUAAUAUUGCAGAAAGGAACAUUUGUGAAAAGUAUUUAAUAUUUCCUGAAGUGCGUACCCUGUGUUAAAUAUUGUAAAUUAUGUUUUGUAAAGUUGUUUAUUAUUUUUUCUGGUGAUAAUUAAGACGAAUAAAAUUUUGUUUAUCUAAAUGUUAAAUAGAAGAGUUUUUUUCGUUUGAAGAAGGAACUAUAAAGUAAAUGAA